AAUGAGUAGUCUACCCAGAUCUAUGCAGUAUAGAAGCUGACAUCCCCCCUUUCGUCUUUUCAAUGUCAUCAGAAUUUUCUUCUGUCUCUUUCAAUCAUGCCGUUCCCGUUCAGAUUGCUCUCUGACCUUUUCGAAAGCCUCGAGAGCAACGCUAAGAAGUCAUCGAGGCUUGGCAAUAGCCAAGGGCGCGAAACGCUUAUCAUUCAAGCCUGGUUCAACAAGCACAAUGAAGCUAUUCCUCGGCGAGGCCCACCAGCAGUGGCAUUCUUGUCAUGCCUCUUCCCCGAACGGAGGCCAGAUCGAGUGUUUGGUCUGCAGGAACGCCUGUUAGAAAAGGUUGUACAACGCGCACAAUGCCUUGGACUAUCCCGAAUGGAGCAUCUCCAAAGAUGCAGAACCGUUGGCGGUUUAGACUUUGCAAGCUCAGUCGAGCGCGUGAUGGCUGUAACAGACUGUGAAUCAAGACCCAGCCAAGAGGUAUCUCUGGAGGAGCUCGACGAUAUUCUCGACCAGGUUGCAGCGUCAUCACCUUUUUCUGCCGAUAGCCUUCGACAAAGAGUUACAUCAAAGCAUGGCCGAUUGAUGACCGCAGAUGCCUUGCUCACGAAAGUGUUCCGAGUCCUGCGAAGCUCCGAGGCCAAAUGGACGAUUCGGAUGCUAUCAAAAAAUUAUAGCCCAGUCUGCGUUCCAGAGACGCUAGUCAUGAGCAGAUUUCAUGUUCUCCUGCCUGGUCUCCUGCGCUUCCAGAAUUCGAUCCCAGCAACUGUGGGGCUCCUCGACAAGCCGAGUAUUCGGAACAUGUCUAUCCAGCCUUCUGUGGCUUGUGGCAAGCUUUUGGAAGUCACUAGAAGAGAAUUCGUGCCGCAGGUUGGUAUAAUGACUGGGCGUACGGCAUAUGAAAAGGCAAGGAGCAUCAGACACUGUUGCCAGUUGGCUGGGUCGAGACGGAUGAGCGUGGAGAGAAAGUACGACGGAGAAUAUUGCCAAAUUCAUAUCGACCUUCAAAAACCAGGAGCCAACAUUCGAAUUUUCUCCAAGAGUGGAAGAGACUCGACAAAUGACCGUAUUGGAAUCCAUCAGGCACUGCGGGACAGCCUUGAGCUUGGCACAACAGGCUGCAAGAUCCAGAAGCGGUCCAUCCUUGAGGGCGAGCUACUGGUAUGGAACGGCGACGGCGAAAGAAUCGAGCCAUUCCACCAAAUCCGCAGGCACGUAAAACGAUCUGGCCGGUGUAUUGGAACUGCCGGAGAUUCGCCCAUCGGAGCGAGGGAGCAUCUAAUGAUCAUGUUCUACGAUAUUCUAUUACUGGACAAUAUUGUCUGCGGCUUGGAGUCUCAUGAUGAACGGAGACGGCUGCUACAAUCUCUGGUUCGUCAUAUUCCAGGCCGUGCUGGCAUCGGUUCCCGCGAGAUUAUCGACUUCUCCUCUGUUGAUGCCGAAGAACGACUCAGUGACGCAUUCGCUCGAGCCAUCACCCAGCGAUGGGAAGGGUUUGUACUCAAAGGUUGCGACGGCCCCUACUUCUCAUUCUGUGGACAUGAAUCAUAUAUCAAGCUCAAGAAGGAUUACAUUCCGGGCCUGGGUGACACCGCAGACUUCGUUCUUAUUGGCGGACGCCGCGACGCGACUGACGAGUUCGAACUUGACGUCGGGAAGUUAUGGUGGACGUCAUUCUAUAUCGGCUGCAUUGAAAAUAAGGACGAAGUGCGCCGCUUCGAUGCGAAGCCGAGAUUCCGCAUGAUUGAUGUAGUUGACAGACAUGGCAUCUCGAAAGAGAACAUCACAUACCUCAAUCGACAUGGCUACUUCGGCCGGGUACCAUUCACCGCCUCUAUGGAGGAGUUCGAUGUCUUCGUCGAGCCCGCACGAAAAUUGCAGCCUGUGGACCUAUUCAAGUAUCCGUUCAUGGUAGAAGUGGUCGGGGCUGGCUUUGAUAAGCCCGCGAACACUGGGUACUAUGCUCUGCGAUUUCCACGAGUAUUGAAAAUUCACGAGGACCGCUCACUUCAGGAUGCCGUCAGCUUUGAGGAGCUGCAGGAAAUGGCCCAAAGCUGCCUUAGGAUACCUGAAAAUGGAGGACAGGAGGAGCAACGUUGGUCUAGGAGGCUGCGUGGUUUUGAGACCAUGUUUGACAGGUCGAGGACUGCCUCUCCCAGCGACAGCGAAUUGUCUGGCGCAGGUAUAUGUGCAGACAGUCUCGUCAACCGGCAAGAGAUUCUGGUGCCAGUUGCUGCCUCUCAGCAGCUUGAUAAUGUUCCUCAAAGUUUAUCAAAAAGGAAGGUUGGUCAGGAGAUUGCCUUGUAUGGUAGUACCACCAACAAGCGAGUAAAGCAAGAGUAAGUAAUGGAAAUACAAAAACUCCUCUCCAAGUCUAUAUGCCUUUCGCAGUCUUCGUUUCCAACCAUAGCUGAUUCGACCAAGACU